CCGCUCGGCCCCAUAAAAGGGCGUCUGGUUAGGACAGGAGGAAUUGGGGAAAAGGCUGUGAAGGGCUUGCAGCGCCAUGAAGAGCUUCCCCACGGCUCCCCCUGUUCUACUUUUCAUCCUGACUGUCGGUCUUGCAGCUGCCCCACGUGGCAGUGAUGUGGCCAAAUACUGCUGCUUACGAUUCAUCCAAAAGACCUUGCCCUGGAGCUUGGUGCAAAGCUAUGAAUUCACUAGGAACAGCUGUUCCCAGCAGGCUGUGAUAUUCACUACCAAAAAAGGCCAGAAAGUCUGUGCACAACCAAAGGAAAAAUGGGUGCGAAGAUAUAUUUCGUUACUGAAAGCUCAACAGAAUUCGACACAGCUGAACUUUCAGCCCAAGGACACCUGAACCCUUUCUUGACCCUGCUGUCCUGGGCAGAGCCUGGAUAAUUCCUUCAAAAGAAGGCUCCGUGGGCCUGGUGGGGGGGGGGGAAGGUAUUUUCUACCAGAGUUUUCUUUGAUGAAGGUUUUUUGUAAAGAUUGACUUGCUUUUUUACUUUUGUCUUUUCAUUGUUGAGUUGUAAGAGGUCUUUAUACAUUCUGGAUACUAGGCACUUAUUAAAUAUAUUAGUUACAAAUAUUUUCUUCCAUCCUGUGGAUUGUCUUUUUACUUUCCUGACAGUACCCAUUUAAUGAACAAAUUUGUUAAUUUUUA